AUGUCUGCAGCUGCAAACGAUACACUAGUAUUAGUUACUGGAGCAUCGGGCUACUUGGCCAGCCACGUUGUCCUUCAAUUAUUACAAAAAGGUUAUCGUGUAAGAGGUACAGUUCGUAGUUUGAAGAGCGAAAAGAAGGUAAAGCCUCUACGAGAGCUUGCAGAAAAUUCUGAACACUCUCUUGAACUAGUAGAAGCAGAUUUGAUGGAGAAAGAAUGUUGGACCAAGGCUGUAGAAGGAUGUACGUACGUCUGCCAUAUUGCUUCACCGUUUCCAAAUAGAGUUCCUAAAAACGAGAUGGAAAUAAUUACGCCAGCAGUCGAGGGGACAAAAACAGUUCUAGCUGCUUGCGCUAAGUCUGGCACAGUAAAAAGAGUGAUUCUAACAAGUUCUAUCGUAGCGGUUGGAACUAUUCCCAAAAAAGAUUCUAAUUUCACUGAAGAGGAUUGGCUUGACCCUACUACUGCAAUGCCUUAUCCUAAAAGUAAAGUUUUAGCAGAAAAAGCGGCUUGGGAAUUUCAUAAAAACCUUCCUGAUUCAGAAAAGUUCGAGUUGGUAACUAUGAAUCCCGGUUAUAUACAAGGCCCAAUCUUGCGCGGAACCAAUUGCACCAGUUUAGAAGCAAUAUCUAAGAUGUUAGAACGGAAGAUGCCUCGUCUCCCUGAUAUCUGUCUCUCUAUUGUCGAUGUUCGCGACGUAGCUGCUGCCCAUAUUGCUGGAAUGACUUCCCCAAAGGCACCAGGAAAUCGAUAUAUCUUAGUUUCUAAAUGCUGCCGCAUGCUAGACGUUGCAGCCAUGUUAUCGGAGGAAUUUAAAUCUCAAGGUUAUAAUGUACCAACGAAAAGAGCUCCACGAUUUUUGGUUCGUCUAGCCUCUAUUACUGAUCCUUCCGUUAAGCUUAUCCUACCGCAAAUUGGAGUAGCUGCUGUCUUCUCCAACGACAAGGCUCGAGAAGAAUUAGGAAUUACAUUUAGAUCAGUUGACGAGACUAUGAAGGAAAUGGCUUACAGCGUCAUCGACAGAGGUUUUGUUAAGAAAACUUCGAAAUAUAGAGGACCACCAUCCAAUUAA